AUGGUGCUGUCGUGCCUUGCGCGGCGCAAGCGCGUCGAGCCGGCGGGGCAGGUCCGGGGCAGUCAGUCCAUAGGUCAGUCCGGGGCGAGGUCGCGCAGCUCUGCAGCCAAGUGGUGGCAGUCCAUGGCCCCCAAGAAGCGGCUUCUCAGCAAAAUGCCCGAGCCGCACGUGGGGCAGCCGCUGGUGGUCAAGCAGCCGGCCGAGCUAAAGAUGAAGCCGCGCCGUGCGGCGCCGGCAGUCAUCCUCAAGACCGGCGCGGAUCUUCGGGCCGAGCUGCAGUCCCACCAGUCCGGCGUGUUCCUCGAUCUCUUUUGCGGGACUGGGCGCGUGGGCACAGCCUGGACAUUGUCCGGGGCUACGUCCGGCCUGAUGAUGGCGCCGCCGUGCUCGACAUUCAGCCGGGUCAAAGAGCCAGCUGCCAAGGUCCUGUACUUCACCGAGGAGACGUUCCAGGCAGCAAAGACGCGCUCCAGUGCCAUCCGCCAGUAUGUGCAGGAGGCACAGGAGAGGCACUUGCGGGCCAACGUUAUCACCUUCAGUGCAGCCAUCAAGGCCUGUGAUUGGAACUGGGCCCUCCUGCUGCUGGCAGCUCUGCACCGGCGUGGCCUGGAGGCCAACGCCAUCACCGGCACCGCGGUCAUUCGAGGCGGCUCGUGGCCCGUGGCCUGCCACUGGCUCCGGCGGAUGUGCGCAGAGCGCUUGGCGGAUGUGGUCAGCUACGGCGCCUGCAUCGGCAGCGCACGGAGCGCCUGGCAGGUGGCGGGGCUUCUGCUGGCAGAGCUGGGAGGCUUCAACUUCAUCUGCCUGGGCGCCGCCAUCAGCGCCUGCGAGCGCUCCGCGGCCUGGAAACCCGCGCUGGAGAUGUUUCGCAGCGGCGGACGGCCGGACGUGGUGACCUACAACGUGACCGUCAGUGCCUGUGAGAAGGCUUCGCAGUGGCAUCAUGCGCUACUUCUGCUGGAGGAGCUGGAGAAACGAGGAGACCUGGACGCCACGAUGGUCUCCUACAACGCGGCCACAAGCGCCGUAGCGCAGGUGGGCGCCUGGCCAGAGGCUUUGCGCCUGCUCAACACAGCAGAAUCGAACCAGCUGCAAGCCGACGUGAUCACGGGAAGCUCCGCGAUGAGCGCAUGUGAGAGGGCCUCAAGAUGGGAGGCGGCCCUUCAACUGCCCUGGGCUCAACGGGCGCGGAAGGAUGUGGCGGUUUGCAAUGCGCUCAUCAGUGCCUGCGAGAAGGCGGCGCAAUGGCCGGUGGCUGUUCACCUCCUGGGGGCCUUGCAGCCGGAUGCCAUCACCUUCAGCUCUGCGAUCAGUGCCUGUGAAAAGCGAAAUGAGUGGGAAAUGGCCCUUGCACUCUUCCACCUGGCCAUCGAACGCCGGAUCGCGCCGAAUAUCGUGACCUACAGCGCUGCUAUCAGCGCCUGUGCCAAAACGACGAUUUGGCAACGGGCGCUGUGGCUCUUUGGGGCUGCCCAAAGGCAGCAGCUCCAGCUGAACUUGGUCGCCUACAACGCCGCGAUGGCGGGGGUCGAGGAAUCUCAGCAGUGGGAGCUGGCCUCAAAUCUGUUUGAGGACGCGAGGGCCAGCGUCACAGUGGAUGUGCUUACACAGAGCAGCCUGGUGGGCACUUUGGCCAAGGCCGGGGAAUGCCAGAUCGAGUUCCAGACAUGGCCCUGGCAAGGUAGUCCCGGAGGUGUCCCGCAGCUGAUGAAGCUCCAGCGCUUCGGCGGCGUCCAAAUGUCCCGGUGGUGUCUCUGGGUGUCCGGGCAGUGCCCCAAUGGCCUCACAGAUCCGCACAAAGCCAUGGCGCAAGGGCAUCAGGAAGUGGAGAACCUCGAGAAAGGCUCGAUUCUGCCGAUGGAGAAGAACCGGAGGCAGAAGGCCUCCGAGGAGGAUGGUGGAGGCCAGGGCGAGGAGGAACUCGAGGAGCCUCCACGCAGGCCGGCGCACUUGCCCGUGGAGAGUAACCUGGAGGGAGACACUCCGGGUGGUGGCCAACUUCGACCGAGGUACCUACCCAUGGAGAAUCCGGAGCCGGAGGGCCAGAUGAUGAAGAUGAUGGCGGCGUCUCAGGAUACGAGGACGACACCAUCGGCACCGGGAGUGGACCCGGUCUACCUCAUGCAGAUGAUGCAGGAGCUGAUGACGCGGAAUCAGAGGCUUCAGCAUGAGGUGGAAGUGUUGAAGAAACAAGGAAAGGAGACAGACGCUGACUAUGGCACGCCGGAGAGCCGGGAAAAGGUGAACGGCAUGAGCACGGUCAGGGACAAUCAGAACCACGAGCCCUACGGCCCGACCCGCGACCACUCGAAUGGCAAGGGCGGAGAAGGCAGACUUGGGGCUGGUGGUGAAAAAGGAAAUGCUCGGGAUGAGCAGGAUGGCGGUGCCUCGGAAAGGGCAAGUGAUGUGGCUGGAUCCGGAAAGGACGGCCACCAAAUGGACGUAAUGCUGAAGCUCAUGGAGGGCAUGCAGAUGAUGCAGAAGCAGCUCCUGGAGCAGAAGGAGAAGACGGAGACCAUCGAGACGGUCAAGGUCGAGACAGAGAAGGAGCAGGCGACGGGACGUAGAGACCUAGUUUGCAGGUUCUACAUGAAGGACACCGGCUGCAGAAAGGGCCGGAGUUGUGAGUGGCAGCACCCCACGGAUGAGACCGCAAGAGGACGCUGCUGGGAGUGUGGAUCAGUGGAACACAUGAGGAAAGACUGCCCCAGAAAGCAGAAGCCGACAUCACCAGAGAAGCCGGCGGCUGUGAGAAGGGUGGCCCAGGAAAACGACGUGGCGACGACACCGGCUUCGGCAUCUUCACCCAAGAAGGAGGAGAUCAAGCCGACCCGGGAGAAGGAAACGGUGGUGGAAGAUUCGAAGAAAGACGAAUCUAUGGGGGGGGUGUUGCAGGAAGCAGCAAAGAUGCUACGGAGCCUCAACGCCUCGCAGGGAGUCAAAAAGGUGGACGAGAGAAACGACCGCUUGGACGACCUGCAGAAACAGUUGAAUGGGUUGAGAUCUGGGUCUCUCAAAAGGGCCCAGGUAAAGGCUCAAGGGAGGUGGAGUGAUGGUGGGCUACUGGACUCGGGAGCUACGCAUCCCCUACGUGCCCGGCAAGAAGGUGAAGACAUCGAGAAUCUGGACGAGAUCGAUGUUGCCCUGGCCGGGGGAGAGACGAAAGUCAUGCGGAUCACGGAGGAAGGCAUCAUCGUCCAGGAGAACGAGGGCGUGGGCUCCAUCAUUCCGUUGGGUCUGCUGGUGGAGAGGUUGCACUGCGUGGUGACGUGGGAUGGGGAUGAGUGCCGCGUGGUACAUCCAGAGCUGGGAGCGUUGCGGAUUCACAUGGAGGAUGGAUGCCCCUAUGUGACCCAGCGGACGGCGACGAAGUUGCUCGAGGAGCUUGAGAAAAAGGGGAAGGAGAAAAGGAAGGGCCGGAUUAGCGAAGUAAAGCUAAAGAAGGUCCUGGACUGGGAAACGGUCAGAAAGGUGGUGGAACUACAUCCUGCGUUUCGUGACCUACCGGAGGAGGUGAGAAGGAGGAUCAAGCACAAGCACGCCUACUGCCUUUCGUUGGAUUUGGCCGGACCGCUGAAGAAGGGAAGAGACAUCGACGGGCGGAGCUGCAAGUACAUGCUUGUGGGCGCGUACACAUGGCCGAAGAAUCCGCUGAAGUCUGAGGAGAUCCCGGAGAAGGAACGAGAUGGAGGUGGAGAAGCUGGCAAGGCGAAGGGUCUGGAGGAGGUCAAGAAACCGGACCAACCCGGGCAACGACCGGAGGACUACUGGACCACCAGCGCCAACGGCAAGUACGUGAUCAGGGUACACAAGAGCCACCGGAAGGUAAGGUUCUUCCCUGAUGAUGCCCCAGGAUGUCCGGUGCCUGUGGAGCGACUACGGGGACGGAGGAGGACCAUAGCACGGACAACUAAGGAUGGUCCGUUGAAGAUGUUCAUGGACGAUUGGAGGAAUGCCGAAAAGACGGAAAAGGUCUUUGAGGACGAGAGCCGAUGGGCCGGGCGGACGAUCUUCCAGCUAGAGGAAGGGAUCUGGGACUUCGAGCUGGAGGAGUUGGUCGGAGAACAGGAAGAUGGAGAGAUGGAAGAAGGCAACCUGGACGAGCACGAAGAGGAUGAGGAGAAGAGAGAGGAGCCGCUGGAGAUUGAAGUCCACACGCUGGCAGUGCCUCUCUCGACGAAAGGAGGCAAAGAAGUUUUGGACGCCAUACAGACGAUGUAUCUGGAAUUGAAGCGCCAAGGUUUUCCAGUGGCGCGAUUGCAUAGCGACAGGGGCAAGGAGUUCAUGAACCAUGCCUUGCGCCGGUGGUGCUUCAACCGGGACAUCGCGAAGACGAGUACGGCGGCAGACGAUUGGAGAUCAAAUGGGCGAGCAGAAGUGGCCAUCAAUCACUUGAAGUCAAGAAUGAGGAGAGUGCUCUUUGCAGCCGAGGUGGAUGGACAGUGGUGGCCAGCUGCAGCUCGGUAUGUGGUGGAGAAGGAGAAGAGAACAAGGCAGAGAAAAGAGGGCACGAUACCCAGAUUCUGCCAGGAGGUAAUGGUGAAGAAAAGGAAGUGGAAGUCGGAGGAGCUGGGCCCAAGGCACGUCAAGGGGAAGUAUUUGGCCCCGGUGGUGGACGUACCGAACGGUCACGCCGUGAUGAGAGAGGAUGGAACAGUCCAGGUGGCUGCCUAUGUGCUGCACCACUGGAAACCUCUCCCGGAGCCAGUGGACGGGUGGCAAUUUGUGGAACGGAGAGGUGAUGAGGGAGAAGAGCGCGAGCCGGAGGAACCCUAUCGUGUCCGGAGGAGGAUAAGAGAUAAGACCCAAAAGAAGGUGUUGGAAGACGAAGGGGUUCUGGUGAGGUUGCGGGCGCUCAGAUCCACAAUAGAGGAGGAGGAGAAGGCGGUGACGAACGACGAGCCGGAGGUGAUGGACAUUGUGGUGAAAGCCCUAGAAGGUUUGAAGAAGGAAGAAGAGGAGUUGAGGAGCAGCACAGAGGUGGAAAAAGACGAGGAGCAGAUACUCCAGACCAAGAUCGUCAGUGCCAAGGAGGUGGAGAUGAACUUGGAGGAUUGGAAGGCACCCAUGAAGAAGGAGCUGGACACCAUCGUGGAAGAAAAGGGUGCAAUCACCAGGCUCAACCCGGCAUCGGCGAGGGAGCUGCUGGAGAACAACCCACGGGUGCAAGUACUACCCGGGAAGGGGGUGUUCACAAUCAAACCAGGAAGGAAGCGUAAGUGCCGACUGGUGGUGUGCGGCAACUACGGGGAGUCUCACGAGGCCAUGCCGCUCUUCGCAGGGGGCACGGACGUGGUGGCUUUGCGGUUGGCGUUGAAGGAGGCGGCGGUUCGCGGGUGGCAAGGAGGCACCGUGGACGUGAAAGGAGCCUUCCUGAAUGCCCCGCUGCAGGCAGUUGACCAGGAAGGAGAGCUGACGGUGGCCAUGCGACCGCCGGCAGUACUGGUCCGGAAGGGGUUGAUACCAAAAGGGGAGCUGUGGAUCGUCAACAAGGCAAUGUACGGCCUACGGCAGAGUCCGAGGUGUUGGUCGGACUACCGUGACGACGAGAUGAGGAGGUGGAGAAUCAGCUAUGGUAAGCGUUGGCUGAAGUUGGAGCAGAUGAGGAGUGAACCGAAUCUGUGGCUGGUGAAAAAGGUAGAGGACGACUUGAAUCCGGAGGAGCUGGUCGGCCUGCUACUAGUCUACGUGGACGACUUCAUGCCGUUGGGCAUGGAAGGAGUGCCUCAAGCCCUCAUGGAGAAGAUCAAGAGCACGUGGGAAUCAUCAGAAGAGAGCUGGUUCGGCAAGGAGCCGGUAAGGUUCUGCGGGGUGAACAUCUCUGUGACGGAGCAGGGGAUCACCUUGGACCAGAUGGACUACAUCAAGGAGAUCAUCGAUCGGAACAAUGUCACUGGCAAGUCGGUGAUCCCCAUGAGCAAGGAGUGCAGCGAGCCAGAGGCAGAGAUUGGGAUCACGGCGGAGGAGAUUCAGACGGGUCAGCGCCUGGUGGGUGAGUUGAUUUGGCUGGUCACCCGGAGUAGACCUGACCUGGCCUACGUGGUUUCGAGAAUGUUGAGUUUCGUGUCCAAGGCUCCACGAUGGGUGCAGAGAACCGCGACCCAAACACUGCGGUACCUCAAUGCGACCAAGACGGAGGGCAUCCUGCUGGAUAGGGACAUGGGGGAGGACACAGAUGGAAGAAAGAGUAGAGGAGCGGGCUUGGAGGUCAUCACAGAUGCGAGCUUCGCGCCAGGCGGCGAGAUUAGCCAUGGCUGUGUAAUGGUCAAAUGGCAGGGAUCAAUGCUGGCGUGGAGAUCUUCGAGGCAGAGCUUCCCUACACUGUCGACGGCCGAGUCCGAGCUGAUGGAGAUGAUAGAGGGAAUGGUUCUUGGGGACUCGGUAGACGCGUUGAUUCAGGAGAUCAAGACGGAGAUGGACUAUUCGCGGACGUUGAUCGGGGACAACCAAGCGGCGGUCUCGCUGUGCACAGGAGAUGCUGGAUCGUGGCGGACGCGUCAUCUUCGUCUGAGAGCGUUCUAUGUGAGAUGGAGAGUGCAGAUGGGGGACUGGCGGAUAGUGCAUCGGAUGGGCGCCAAUCUGGUCGCCGACAUGGGCACGAAGUGUCUGCCGGGAACUCGCCUACGUGAUCUGCGCAAGAUGGCAGGUUUGGUGGAGAUUGGAGCACCAAAGCCAGAAGAAGGAGGAGCCCUGGAGGUGGACCUGGAAAAAGGAAAGGCAGCGUUGGCCAUUUUGGCAUGCUGCAUGCAAGUCCAGGCAGUGGCGGCGAAAGAGGAGAAAGUCGAGGAAGAAGAUCAGGGAGACGACAACGCCUUGGUCGGCUUCGGCAUCCUGGUGGUCCUCUUCACGGCUCUGGCAAUCAAGGUGACGGCGAUGGUGAAAGAGACAUGCGAGAAGAGAAGCAGAGGGGAACAUGCGUCUGUAAGGAUGCCGGCGGGUGACGAGGAAGAGGAGUCGGAAGAAGAGGCUUCAUCGUCGUCGAGAGCAUCGGCAUCAACUAUAAGGAGAAGAUCCACUACUACCGGAGGUGGCGGAGGGUCGGAAGCAUUGGGUGCUAGAUCAAAAGCAGCACCAGAGGCCAUGAGGAGGCCGUUGGAGAAAGGAAAGGGUGGAAUCGGUUCUGGAAAAGGAAAAGGGAAGCCGAUCAUCAAUGCACCAUGGAGGAGGGAUUCUGCGAGGAGGCACCCCACUCCGCCUUGGAGGAAUGAGGAUCAACCGCCAGCAGAUGAUCAAGGGCGGCAACUGGGCCAGAUCGAGGAAGAAGUGCGCAACGAAAGGUGGGACAUUCCGGACGAAGAGCUGUUCUUCAACAAGAAGGACAGGAUCGCACACCACACCAGAGAGUGCGCCGGAAGUCGAGCAGAGGCAAGGUAUGUCUGCACAUGGUGCUUCGCACAGGAGCUCCGGAUGCAAGACGUAGAAGAGGAGCAUUCGGUCCCCGUCAUCGUGAGGGACUGGAAGCCGGUGCUCACCACAGACUACGGGGUCAGGUACCAUUACUCCCUGAACUGCCCCACUUUGGCGGCAACACGGAGGUGGGAUGCCUUCGACCGGUGCCGACGAUGCGCCGGA